GCGGCGCGUGAGACGCAGGCGACAGCUGGGCCCCGGGUCGCGGGCGGAGCGCGGCUGCUGGGCCCGGGGCCGCGGUGAGGGGCGGUCAUGGCGUCGGAGAAGCCGCUGGUCGCCGUCACCUGCACGGCGCCCGUCAACAUCGCGGUCGUCAAGUACUGGGGGAAGCGGGACGAGGACCUGGUCCUGCCCAUCAACUCCUCACUGAGCGUCACUCUGCACCAGGACCAGUUAAAGGCCACGACGACCGCGGCCAUCAGCGAGGCCUUCACGGAGGACCGGGUCUGGCUGAACGGUUCGGAGCAGGACGUGGGGCAGCCACGCCUGCAGGCCUGCCUUGGGGAGAUCCGCCACCUGGCCCGGAAAUGUAGGAGCACAGACGACGGGGACUCGCUGCCCCUCAGCCUCGGCUACAAGGUCCAUGUUGCGUCGGUGAACAACUUCCCCACGGCCGCAGGCCUGGCGUCCUCGGCAGCAGGCUACGCCUGCCUAGCCUACACGCUGGCGCGAGUCUACGGGGUGGAGGGCGAGCUCUCGGAAGUGGCUCGCCGGGGCUCAGGCAGCGCCUGCCGCAGCCUGUACGGUGGCUUUGUGGAGUGGCAGAUGGGCGAGCGGCCCGACGGGAAGGACAGCGUUGCCCGGCAGGUUGCCCCUGAGUCUCACUGGCCUGAGCUCCGUGUCCUCGUCCUUGUGGUGAGUGCUGAGAAGAAGCAGACAGGCAGCACGGCGGGCAUGCAGGCCAGCGUGGCAACCAGUGCUCUGCUCAAGUUCCGGGCUGAGUCAGUGGUGCCAGGGCGCAUGGCGGAGAUGGUCCGGUGCAUCCGGGAGCGGGACUUCCAGGGCUUCGGCCUGCUGACCAUGAAGGACAGCAACCAGUUCCAUGCCACCUGCCUGGACACCUUCCCCCCCAUCUCGUACCUCAGCGACACGUCCAGGCGCAUCAUCCACCUGGUGCACUGCUUCAACGCCCACCACGGGCAGACCAAGGUGGCAUACACGUUUGAUGCGGGCCCCAACGCCGUGGUCUUCACCCUGGACAACACCGUGGAUGAGUUCGUGGCUGCCGUGAGGCACAGUUUCCCCCCCGACUCCAAAGGAGACAAGGUGCUGGGCAUUGCGUGGGCCCCCCCAGGCAGGCACCGGGCAACCGUCACCACGAUAGGCCGUUUUGACCUUGCUGCCACUUGUCCUGCGUGUCCUCACUCCCGGGUUUGUGAAGGGGCUGCCUGUGAGGCCUGUCCUGCUCUCGGACGAGCUGAAGGCUGCUCUGGCCAUGGAACCGGCCCCCGGCAGCGUCAGGUACAUCAUCUCCACACAGGUGGGGCCAGGGCCUCAGAUGCUGGAUGACCCCCACCUGCACCUGCUGGGCCCUGACGGCCUGCCGAAGCCAGCCACUUGACUGCUCCCCAGCAGGAGCUGCUACCACGCUGGGCCUGCCUGGGAGCUGGGGUGGUGCUGAACCCUGGUGCUGGGGCUUUUGGGGUUCCCGUGCUUGGGACCUGGAUGGCUGAGGGUGGGCCUUGCUGUCCCCACCUGUACCUGUGCCGAGCUGGGUGGGGCUGGGACCUGGAGGCUCAGCAGGGUGGCUGUGGCCAGGUCUCCUCACUGAGGCCUGCCGGCCUGUCAUGCUCGGACUGCAGGUCGUUAUCGGGGCUGGGGCCGGCUUCUCUGCAGCAGGUGGCCUCAGCAGACUCGGGGCUGAGCUUCCACUUGGGCCAGGGUGGGAAGGGAGAGACCCUCAAGGAGAGCCCUGUGGCCUGCGAGCACCUCUUCAGCCCUCAGGGUGGGGACAGUGGUCUCUCCAGGGGGACUGGAGGUGGGCGCCAGCAGUGGGCGUCGCGUUUCCCCCCUGCUGGCCAGGAAUAAACAGGUGUUGCUGACUCA